AUGAAAAGAAGGCGAAGCAAUAGUAAGAGUGACGAGUCAGCUGAUGAGCGCCCUUCAUUACCUACCGACGAGAGCAGCAUUAAGGUCGGAGAUUUUGUUGUCCUACGUGUUCAAGACCACCACAUUAUUACCACCAAUGAGCCUGAUCCCAAGAUGAUUGCUCGUGUUGAAGGAAUAUGGACAGAGAUUCAUCCAGGAAAAUCUCGCCCGAUAACGAGAUUUCGAGCCCGUUGGUUCUUGACGAAAGAUCACGUGGAACGUUUGUUUCCAACCAUUGGUUUGUCAUCCAAGCUUUCGCCGUACGAUCUCGUACUUACAAACCAGUGCGACAACAACGCUCCCGAAACUAUCUGCGAUAAGGUUCAAGUAAUCUAUCGACGACCAGAAUCCGAUGAAAGACUCCCUCCUUUCCCGAAUCGAAGUUAUCUAUGCCGUUAUCAAAUAGAAUUCGGUCCUAGAUCAAAAGAUAUUAUUGUAACACCUUAUGAUGGGGAAGAGGAUCCCUUGGGCGCAAUGCUAAUCCAGGUUCGAUUCGUGCCAAAGCCAGCCGCUCAUUUACCUUUCCAUCAUGGAAAUGCAGAUAGUUCUGAAGGAGAAAGCGAUGCCGACGAUUCCGAGAACGUUGGUGGCAGAGCACAUGUUGAUGAUGAGAAGAUAGAACAAAGGAACAUUCGUGUGGGUUCAAAGCACCAAGUAAAUGUCCCGAGUUCAACGGCAGAAUCCAGUGCUAGAUCAAGAAACCCAACUUUAGUAUGGAAAGCGAAUGGCACCUCGCAAGAUUGUAUACUCAAAUUCUUGGAGCAAUCUGCUUUAACUCUCAAUUCAUAUCUUAUUGCCAAUCAAUUAACAACAAACGAUCCAUAUUCGCCCCUCCCAUGGGAAGAAAUGGAGAGGGUGACGAAAGCUGAUGGAUCAAAUAUGUUGCCAACUCUCUCUUCUCUAUGUACAUCAUCGUCAUUGUCCGGUUCGGUCAAGAGGAUGCUAAGAGAGUUUGACCUUGACGCUAUGUUGAUGGUAUUGCAUCAAUCUGACUACAGUAUUGACGAAGCACUGGAGCGAAUUCAAAAGAAGCCUGAAGAUUUUCUGACAUGUUGGACGCAAACAGAAAAGGAUGCGUUCGAUUACAGCUUUCAAAGGCAUGCUGGGUCUUUGCGAAUGGUAUUCAAGCGGGUCAAAGGGUCCAAGAGUGCCCCAGACAUUGUUGACUAUCAUUAUCGGUUCAAGAUCCCAGAUCAAUUUCGAAUAUUCCACAAUGAAAAAAGAGAUAUGUCUGUUCGUAUGGUUGAAACAAUGGAGUCCCGUCGUAACAUAAACAGCACCAUUCCAAUAGAUAAUUUGAAUGGCUGUAAUGGAAAAUCUCAAAAGAAAAAGAAAAUAAACGGCAACGGAUGGCUUAGAACCAGUAUAGCCGAUGUGACUGGUGCCUUGCAAGAGCGGCGAAUGGACGCCAAAACGUUACUACUCGAAAUUGAGUCCGCUAUUAGCCCCGAAAAGUAUUUGCGACUGAUGGAUGUCAUCACGGAUUUUCAUUGUAAAUCGUCUGAAGAAGUCCUUCAAGAGGUGGAAGUAAUCCUGGAGGGACAUUCUAAAUUGCAGGCUCAAUUCAUUGACUUUUUGCCUGACCAUCUCAGAUGA